AUAUUCUGUAAUGUAUACCUCUCCCUUCCAUUCUAACACAACCAUGACACAAUGUCCAUCCAGUAUUCCCCGCCCCCGCCGCCCACCCUCCACUCCAUCCGCAUCUCCCUCUCCCUCUCCGACAUCUCCACUUCCCCGCCGGACCGCCGCCCCUUCGACACGCCCCGCCGCUUCGCCGCCUUCGCCCACCGCCUCUCCCACCUCCUCCUUCUCCCGCUCCCGCACUCCCCGCCCGUCCACACCGCCCUCAAGGGACUCUCCGCCGAGCUCUCCAAGGCCGCCGAGACCGUCUCCGUCUACAACAACGGAAGCAAGAUACUCGUCCUUGUCACCUGCAAAAUCCUCUCUUCCGCCCUCCAAGAACGCGCCGUCGCCAUCGCCGGCUGGCUCGCACUCCUUGCUUCCGCCCUCCCCGCCGCCGGCGAUGACGACGACCUCCGCAAGAAGGUGUCCGACCUCGCUAGGGACAUGAAGCUCGCACAGUUCAAAGUCUCAGAGAACGAAGAGAGGGUUUGGUGCACGCUGGAAAAGGAAGGGGAAGGGAGAGAGAGCAGCAAAGCAGUUCAGAGUGGUAUUGUCAUGGAUUUGGCUCGUGCUUUGGGGUUUGAGCCUGGUGAUCGUGCUGAGUUUUGUAACCAAGUGAAGCUCUUCAAAGGUGAUCCUUUUAGAUCCCAUUCUGUGCCUGAGAGAAGGGUAUUGAUGUCCUUGGAGAGGAUUCUUAGUAACUGGUCUGUGGAGCCUGUCCCUGUGAGCCCUAAUUGGGACUUUGAAAUUGUUGAAGAUGCUGCUGCUCCUGUUUUUGCAUUUAAGAGUUUCCUCUGCCCCUUGACCAAGGAAGUCAUGAGGGACCCUGUGGUUGUUCUGGAGUCCUCUCAGGCCUAUGAGAGGACUGCAAUUGAGUACUGGUUUGAACGGUGCAUCCAGGAUGGCCGUGACCCCACUUGUCCGGUCACUGGCAGGGUUCUUAAGUCCUUGGAGCUGAAGCCUAAUAUUGGGUUGGCUGGAGCAAUUGAAGAGUGGGUUGGAAGGGUUGUUGAGUAUCAAAUCAAAUCUGCAGUGCAGUAUCUGAGUGAGGAUCCCUUGUCUGUUGAUCAUGUUGAGCGUGCUCUGGAUCAUGUUUUUAAGGUUUCUGAAGAGCACCCCACUAGAAGAUACAUAAUCAGGAAUGCUGGUGUUGUGCAGCUGAUAGUGACUGUGCUCAGUAAUAACUCCAAAACUAUUGGAUCGCAUUUGAGAAGCAAAGCUCUAAUGACUUUACUUAGCUUGGCAGAGGAUGAAGAAAGCAGGAAAAUAAUGCUUGAACGGGGCACUACUAGAUUGGCCAUACAUAGUCUUAUUGGGAACUCUGAGAAAGAGAGAGAACAUGCUAUCAAGUUAUUACUAGAGUUCUGCAAUGAUGAAGAUUGUUGCGUAAGAAUUGCAUCAGAAAAAGGUGCAUUAGUUCUUCUCUCAAGUAUAGCAGGAAAUAUGGAGUAUCCAUCCUUGUCCAAUUUAGCUGAGGAAGUCUUAAGGCAGAUGGAGAGGGUAGAGGAUAAUGUUCAAUGUUUGGCAGCAGCUGGAAGAUUUGGACCAUUGAUUUCACGGUUACAUGAUGGCUCUGUUGGUGUAAAGAUAGAGAUGGCUUCUCUGGUGGGAAGGAUGACCUUGACAAAUAGCUGUAAAGAACAAAUUGCAAGGCAAGGUGCCAGAGUAUUUGUCGAACUUUUGUCUAAUCAAGAAGGAAGCGGACCAAGCCUUCAAGCAUUGUAUAACUUGUCAGGGUUGGAUGGCAAUGCAACCAUCCUUAUUGAAUCUUCAGUCCUUCCAUCUCUUAUAGAAGUUUUAUUUGAUGAGAAGGAUCCAUCAUAUGAGCUGAAGUCAUUAGCUGCUUCAACAAUUGCGAAUAUUGUAUCUAAGCCAGGGCAUUGGGAAUUAGCAUCUGCUGACAAGAAAGGAAACCCAAUGCAGUCAGAAAUUGUUGUUUUAAGACUUUUGGGGCUUUUAAACAGUUUGCCCUCUCAGUGUCAAGUGAUAGUUCUUCGCAUUCUUUGUGGUAUUACAUCAUCUCCUCAGGCAUCAGAGUUAGUAGCCAGUCAUAUCACGUCCAAGGGUGGCUUUGGAUCGGUCAUACCAUUUCUUGAACAUCCAGAAGUUGAACAUAGAGUGUUUGCUUUCAAGCUAACAAGACUAAUAUCUGAAUGGUUUAGUCAAUAUAUUGCAAAUGAGUUGAGACUGUCAAACAAACUUACGGUACUCAAAGAAAAGCUGUUAAAUAACCAAUCUACAAGUGAUGAGAGAUCAGAUGCAGCACAGAUACUUGCAAAUUUUUCCCUCUCAGAAGGUGAAAUACAGACACUUUUAGGAGGUGAUUUUGUGGAAUGGACUGCUGUUACUCUUAAGAACCAGCGGCGCAUUUCCAAUGCAAGGUCUUCUUAUACUGCAUCAGGCAUGCAGGAAGGUCUUAUAGGUCUCUUGCUUCACUUCACAAGGAACCUUGAUCAACAAACUCUUAAUAUAGUUAGAGAAAAUCGCCUUAUGGGUAUUUUCUGUGAGCAGCUGGAUUAUACUUCAAAAGCAAAGGUGAAACAACUCGCUGCCAUUGGAUUGAAACACCUAUCAGAAUUUGGAAGGUCAGUUACUGCUAGGGACUCUAAACCACCAUCUUCCAGUGGGUUCUGCUCUUUCCUCGUGCUCAUGUGUGGGAAAGCCUCUAGUCAACCUUCCAUGUGCCCCAUUCACAACUGCCUGUGUGACGAAGAUAGUCAGCUGUGCCUGCUUAAGAGCAACUGUAUCAAACCCCUUGUUGACAUCCUCCAUGACAAUGACACUGAUGUUCAGCUUGCUGCAGUGGAUGCACUAUCUACUCUAGUACUAGAUUACACGUCUUGCAGUUUCAAAAGAGUUGUGGAUGAGCUUGAGCAUCUGGGUGCAAUUGAUUCUCUUAUCACUCUCUUUACAGAAGUUAGAUCUGAGGAGCUUCAAGAGAAGACAAUUUGGAUGAUAGAAAAGAUAUUGAGAGUAGACAAUGUCAGCGAUCGGUAUGCACUCAAUCAUUCUCUUGUGCGAGCUUUGGUUGAAUCCUUUAAGCAUGGGAAUACCAACACAAGGAAACAUGCUCAAGAUGCUUUAACCCUCCUAAAGCAGUUAUCAGGAGUUAGUGGAAAGACAUCAAGUCAAACUCGAGCUAGAAGAUAGCAAAAAGUUGUUCAAAUAUUGUAUAAUCAAACAACAAUCUUUCCCUAUUGUUUGUAUAGAAGUCAGAAAGAGUUAAAGGGCAAGAUUAAUUGUACACAUCAACCAUGUAAUGUCAUUAUUGUAAACAUUCAUUUUGGAAGAGUUGCCGUAGGGCGGAAGCAUUUUAACAAAUAUGUGCUUGUUUGUGAUCACUUUAGAUCAGGAUAAAUAUGUGGUACUCUAUGUACUUAGCAACUAAGUUGGUUAGAUAGUGUUGAAUAAAUAUUGCAAACCGAUACAGAGAAAUCUUAACCUUAA